AUGAAUGUUGACAUCUUGAAACACUCGCCUGUACGGAGUACAGAGGAUCCUUCUCUUCGACUUCAGAGAUGUCCCUCAGAUCAGACGCAGGCCAAUCAAAAUUGGCGAAGACCCAGCGUCAAAAUGCAGCCGAUGUACUGUACAUUGCAUUUUUCGCAAUCCACCUUGUUGUGAUGUUCGCUGUCGAUCUUGUUCCGUUGUAUCCAGACUCCGUCAGACCGGCGGCCCUCGAUACGCUGCGAGACUUCUAUAUCGACAAGUACCAUGACAAGUUUUUCUCUGAGCCACCCCAGUGGUUUCGGGCGUAUAUCUUGAUGGAAGCGUUCUAUCAUGUUCCCGCGAGUAUAUUGAUCAUCCGUGGAUUUCUAAAAGAGGACGCCUUUGUCUCAGUUCACCUACUCGUCUGGGCCGUGCAGGCGUCGCUCACCACCCUCACAUGCCUGGUGGACGUGUGGGAUUGGACAGACCGCACCUUUGAGGAGAAGUCCUCCCUCACCUUGCUCUACGGGCCGUAUCUCGCAUUCUCUGUUUUGGCUGGACUCGACAUGUUUUGCCGUCUCCGGAGGACAUUUGGGAAGUCCAAGCGAGAUUGAGAGUGAGUGAAGUCGGAAGAACACAAAGGCUGUAUAUUUGGAAGAUAGAUCACGCCUCUAGAUAGUAUCUAAUAAUAUAGUCACCCUCACCUCAUUUUGUA